AUGGAUGGGGUAUGGUCAUCAUGGGAAAAUUGGUCAUCUUGUUCGCGAUCUUGUGGUAAAGGAGGUAGACGUAUUCGUCGCAGAACUUGUAGUAAUCCUCCACGUCAGCGUAAUGGCAAGGAUUGCCAAGGGGAAGAAUUACAAUCGGAAGAAUGUGGGGCAACAAUUCCAUGUGUGGAUGGACAAUGGAGCAAGUGGUCAAGAUGGACAAAAUGCAGCGCAAGUUGUGGAUUUGGUGUCAGACAACGAUCUAGAAGCUGUACUAGCCCACCUCCAUCCAAUGGCGGAAAAGAAUGUGCUGGAAGUAGUUUACAAAAUAAAAGAUGCUUCUUAUCAUUAUGUAUUCAAAAAGCAAAUACGAAAUCGGGUACACUAUCAAUUCGAUAUAAAGUAAUCUUAAUUUAA